AUGCCCGGGUACGCAGACUUUACGGUUCCUGCAACAGACUGCUUCUUCCUUAAGGCUGCUGAAGAUCCUCAUCGCAGUCCCUCUCUCGAUUCUCUCUUCAUUCGAUACCGAAGUGAUAUCAAAUCGCUUCCAUGGUUCAGCCAGGACAUGUCUCUGAAUGAUAUGAGACUCUCAGGUGCAAUGAUUCAGAGUCUAGAUUGUUUUAUUGAUGCAAUUUCCGAAGCUGUGCUGAUCGCACAAGCGUCAUCGUGA